UGAUGACUCACAACAGUGGGAGUUGGCUGCUGAAAUAAAUUUUGUGACACCUAUAAAAUGAGAACGGUUUUUGAUGAUACUUUUUAUUAACAUUCACACGAUUCAGACAAUCCUUUUAAAAUGUCUCAAAUCGAAGUCGCUGCUCUAGCUGGCGCUGCAGGUAUCAUAAGUAUGGGGAGUCUACUGCAUCUGGUUGGCAUGGUAACGCCGAAUUGGAAAGACGUUGGUGCAGGCACUAUUGGACUAUGGGAAAUCUGUUUCUCGGGGGAAUGUGAAACCAUAGAGGACAAAGCAGAUUGGCUUAUAGCAUGCGAUUUCCUUUCUGUGAUGGGUGUGUUAACCAGUGUUGCUGCCAUCGUGUUGAUCGCUUUCAUUUUCUUCAACGCGCUCAAAGGUCGUCCACAACACUCAAAGAUUCAUAUUUUCCUUAUUGCAAGCACCACAAUAGCAGCUACAUUUAUCAUCAUAUGUAUCAUCAUAUUUGCAAGCAAAACGGCACACACCUUGAAAAUUAGGCAAUCCUUCUACCUCUCCACUGCGGGCGGAGUUUUGAUCAAAAUAGGGGGGAUAAUCGGAUUUAUCAUCAGCAGACGAUUGAGUUGCGGCCCAAAGUAACCCAACGAUUUUUAAUGUAUUAC